CAAUGGCUGGGAGCCCGCACCAGGCUUCCCGGCAACGCCGAGCCAAAGUCAUGACGGCCGCCGCGGGUUCGGCGGGCCCUGCCGCGUUGCCCCUGCUACUGUGCGCACUGCUGGCGCCCAGUGCCGCGUACGUGCUCGACGACUCCGACGGGCUGGGCCGGGAGUUCGACGGCAUCGGCGCUGUCAGCGGCGGCGGGGCAACCUCCCGACUUCUAGUAAAUUACCCAGAGCCCUAUCGUUCUGAAAUAUUGGAUUAUCUCUUUAAGCCAAAUUUUGGUGCCUCUUUGCAUAUUCUAAAAGUUGAAAUAGGUGGUGAUGGGCAAACAACAGAUGGUACUGAACCCUCCCACAUGCAUUAUACACUAGAUGAGAAUUAUUUCCGAGGAUAUGAGUGGUGGUUAAUGGAGGAAGCUAAGAAGAGGAACCCUAAUAUUAUACUUAUAGGGUUGCCAUGGUCCUUCCCCGGAUGGCUGGGAAAUGGUUUCAAUUGGCCUUACGUAAAUCUCGAGCUGACUGCCUACUACAUCGUGAGCUGGAUUUUGGGUGCCAAGCGUUAUCAUGAUUUGGACAUUGAUUAUAUUGGAAUUUGGAAUGAAAGAUCAUUUGAUAGCAAUUACAUCAAGGUGUUGAGAAGGAUGCUGGACUCUCAGGAUCUACAGAGAGUCAAAAUCAUAGCGAGUGAUAAUCUCUGGGAGCCUAUUUCUACUUCCCUGCUGCUGGACUCUGCACUCUGGAAGGUGGUUGAUGUUAUCGGGGCUCAUUAUCCUGGGACCCACACGGUACAGAUUGCAAAGCUGACCGAGAAGAAGCUUUGGUCCUCUGAAGAUUUUAGCACUUUAAACAGUGAUGUGGGUGCUGGCUGUUGGGGUCGCAUAUUAAAUCAAAAUUAUAUCAAUGGUUACAUGACUUCCACAAUCGCUUGGAAUUUGGUGUCUAGUUACUAUGAACAGUUGCCGUAUGGGCGAUGUGGAUUGAUGACUGCUCAGGAGCCUUGGAGUGGACACUAUGUGGUUGACUCUCCUAUCUGGGUAUCAGCUCAUACAACUCAGUUUACUCAACCAGGUUGGUAUUACCUGAAGACAGUUGGACAUUUAAAGAAAGGAGGAAGCUACGUAGCUCUGACUGAUGGCUUAGGUAACCUCACCAUCAUCGUUGAAACUAUGAGUCAUAAACAUUCUACGUGUAUACGACCAUUUCUUCCAUAUUAUAAUGUGUCACACCAAUUGGCUACCUUUGUUUUGAAGGGAUCUUUUAGUGACAUACCAGAGCUACAGGUGUGGUAUACCAAACUUGCAAAUCCAUUGGAGAGACAUCUUUUUAAACAACUGGAUUCUCUAUGGCUUCUUGACACUGGUGGCCGUUUCACCCUGGACCUGCGAGAGGACGAGCUGUUUACACUCACCACUCUCACCACAGGCCGCAAAGGCAGCCACCCGCUGCCUCCCAAAUCCCAGUCCUUCCCACUCACUUAUAAGGACGAUUUCAAUGUCGAUUACCCAUUUUUUAGUGAAGCUCCAAAUUUUGCUGAUCAGACUGGUGUAUUUGAGUACUAUAUGAAUGUUGAAGACCCCGGAGAGCAUCGCUACACGCUACGCCAGGUUCUCAAUCAGCGACCUAUUACGUGGGCCUCUGAUUCUUCCAACACGAUCAGCAUUAUAGGAGAUUACCAGUGGAGUGACAUGAAGAUACAGUGCGAUGUUUACAUAGAGACCCUUGAUAGGGGAGGUGUUUUCAUUGCAGGAAGAAUAAAUAAAGGUGGCAUUUUGGUUAGAAGUGCCAGAGGAGUUUUCUUUUGGAUUUUUGCAAAUGGAUCUUACAGAGUUACUGGUGAUCUAGCUGGAUGGAUCACAUAUACUGCAGGCAGUGUUGAAGUUACGGCAAAAAUGUGGUAUACACUCACUUUAAAAAUUAAGGGUUCUUUCUCCUCUGGCAUGUUGAAUGGCAAGCCUCUGUGGACAAACGUCCGCGUGAAUUACCCAAAGAAUGGCUGGGCUGCAAUUGGAACUCACUCCUUUGGAUUUGCACAGUUUGACAACUUUCAUGUGGAAGCCACAAGCUCAUAGAAGCUCACAGCACAUCAUGGAACACUGCCUAGAUUUUUUCAUUUUGGUUUCGGCUCAGAGUCAAUUCUUAUUUUGAUGGACCAAUUAUAUGAGCCUUUGGAGGCUGACGAUAAUGAAGAGUAACUGGAAGAAAGAUAUAUUUUUUGCUUGAUGCUGUGAAAAAUUUUCUAGAACUAAUCCCAGAGGGAAUAUAGAUGAAUCUUUAAUAUUAGCUGGCUUGUCUCUUAAAAUUCACACUGUCCGUUGGUCCUGUCUUCAGGAGUGGUUAGGGUGGUUCAGACCUCGAAGCCUGUGUCUUGUUUGGAAGUGAAGAUGCAGACGGCCAUGCAUUGAUCAUCACGGAGAUGUGUUUUUGAGUGCAGUGGUGUGUCUAAGUGAGCUGAUGUCCUCAUGGUGAAUGAUGCUACCGCAAGAGGAAGUUCAAGAAUGUGGAAGAGCUGCUGUUUGAAAACCACUUCAGCAUGUUAUCCUUACACUCUAACAAGUACUUUUUUCUACCUUCUUCUUUUUUAAAAUGAUGCUUCUGAAUUGCAGGAUGUAAUAAAUGGGAUGAUUUGAAAAAUGCCUCAUUAAUAAACUACCUCUAAAGCUAUUUCUGCAGUAAUAAAUACUAGAUUAAUUGGG